AUGGCGUUGAAUUUGACUUUGAGUUUUAUUGGGGGUCGAUGUUCCCGUGUGUUUUAUUCCCAAUCUCGAAUUUCCAUAUUAGGAUGUAUAAGGCAUCAGUCCACAAUACCCAGUGAUAUCUCCUCAGUCUCAAAAUUAGUUGACACAGCAAAGAAACCACAGCCAAAAGCAGAGAGGAUAAGCAAAGCUAUGGUGUCUUAUUUAGAAAAAGCCAAGAAAUAUGAUGCCAUGAUGUUGGAAGAAAUUUCCCAGUAUGAGAUCGGGCGUCGUCAUUUGGCAAAUAUUAUGGGAGCAGAUCCGGAAUCCUUUUCACAAGAAGACAUUGAUAAAGCCAUUGAAUACUUGUUACCAUCUGCUCUGUUUGCCAAACCUGCACGUCCACUGAUGAAGCAUCCAUAUGAAAUUUUUCCCAAAAAAAAAAUGGCUCAGUUUGGAACAGAUGGACGACCUUUCCACUAUCUUUUUUACACAGUUAAGCCAAAUUAUUAUGGCCUGAUGCAUAAUAUUGCAUGGAAAGUUGAAGAACUGAAGAAAGAAGAAGACAAACAUUAUCAAGUAGACGGUGUCUUUAGAAAUCCUCCAGUACUAAACCUGAAAGGCAGCACAUGGAUUGACAAGGAAACAUUAAAAAAAAAGGUGCUGGAAAAUAUUUCCGAUCUUGAGUAUCAGAGAUUUUUGCAGUUAAUAGAACAUUUGGUUGCCCAGCCUUUUAGCUACAAGGAGAAAGAAUUUAUUAUGCAAUACAGACAAGAAUUUGAAAGUCAGUUGAAGCAGUUUAAUUUCCCUGAAAUUGAGAUAGAUGAAAAUGGACGACAGUUUUGUAAAACCACUGGUAAACGGAAAAAAGCUGAAGUUGAUUUGAUCCUUUGGAUUAAAGGCUCAGGAAAGGUUGAAAUUAAUGGUCAAGAUCUGUCGUAUUUCCAGUCAGUAAAAGAAAGGAAUCAGUUACUGUUUCCUCUCCAAUUUCUGCAAAAGACGAAAGAAGUUGACUUCAAGGCAGAAGUUCGUAGAGGUGGAAUAAGUGGCCAGGCUGGAGCCAUUCGUCUUGCUUUGUCUCAGGCACUUGCUACAUUUAUGGACCAAGCAACAGUGGAAAAAAUGAGACUUGCCGGUUUAUUAACAAGAGAUAUUCGGCGAAGGGAACGUAAAAAGCCUGGUCAGCCAGGGGCCAGGAAAAAGAACACAUGGAAGAAGAGAUGA